AUGUCGGAGUUGCUAAAUCUCGUCGAGUUCUUGCAUGCGGGUUUGACUAGUCCUGAUGGUUCUCUUCAGAAGGAUGCGUUCAAAAAACUUAAUAAUGGCAUUCGCUCACGACCACCAAAAUGCUUUACUGAUUCAGAAGUGUUUUACGUGGUAGAGUUUUAUGUCUCGCGUUUGAUUUUAUCCGACCCUGAUUUAAUCGGCAUUAUCCUUGACGGCAUUCUUUGGUUAGCUGAGCAACAGCUGCUUGGUGCUGAUUGUGCCGUAAAAAUUUGCGGCGAUGGAUUAUUUUCAAGCCUUCACAUACCAAGCCUUCGAAAGAAUGAGCGACGAGUUGCUUAUCGGCUUCUCCUUGCUUUAAUCUCGUGCGAUCGCACACGGAGUGGCCUUAUUUUGAUGAAGUUGGAAUUUGUUCGAGGUUUUAUAGGCUCUCUGGAGGGAGAAAAAGACCCUGAGUGUCUUAUGUUGGUGUUCUCCAUGCAUCCACUUGUCUUACAGCACUUCGAGCUAGCACAUUUGGCCGAGGAACACUUUGACUGUAUGGCAGCCUACUUCCCAGUGGAUUACACACCGCCGCCAGGGAGCACCUCGGUGGUAAGUAGAGCGCGGCUGGCGGAACGGUUACGGACUUGCCUGUGGGCGGCACGACACCUCGAUGGAGGCCUUUUGCUCCCGCUGCUCAUCGAGAAGGCCACUGCGCGACGACCAGAGGCGCGCACCGACGCCCUUGGUCUCCUCGCCGACUGUUUGAUCGGUACACUUCACGCAGCUUCUUUCCUCUCCGAAUUUCUUCUUAUCCUUCCACCGAAACAACGGGAUCCCAUUCCCACUGCUCACGUCACUGCUUACAUUUUCGCCCUCUGCAAUUUGGUCAGCCAGCUGGCAACCGAAUUGGAUACUUCAUGUGACACAGAAGACAUCAGUCAGACGCUUUCCAUCGUUGCUGGACUGGCAUUGACGUAUAGAGGCGGGCCAGAAGAGAUGGACUUUGUCGAGAUACUACUGAAGUGCCUCUGGCCAGAAGAGCGAGCAGAGGAGGCGUCACCAGAGGUCGAUGGGUGGUUUGCCAUGGCUCCAGGUAGUGCACAUGGGAUUUCGAAGGUGGCGCCGCAAAAUUUGUUUGCUGACUGUCUGCUCACGGGGGUUCUUGCAAGCCCCAGCGGUCCACUACUCGCUCGCCUCUUCCACCGACUCGCCGCACCGCUCCUUUGGCCUAAAGUUGACCCGUUGCCCACCGAUGACUGCUUCUAUCAAAUUAAAUUUGAAGAGAUCAUCAUGUGGACACCUCACAUCUUAUUUCUAAACCGUCUUCUGUCGCACUUUUCUCGGUGCAAGAAUCUAUCGUUUGAAGACCUUCAGACGAAGGAGGAAGAUGUCCGCGCCAUUGUAUUCAACUUCUCGCAUACCCUAAAACGGUCCUGCUGUGAUCUUCGAAUGUGUGACGGUGACAAUCAACGUAGUCUAACUGAAAUCGCCGCUUUCGGUCUACUUUGUAGAUUGCUUUCACUCCUCAGGAACGACGACGAGGUGAGGAAGACGUUCUUGGAAUUUUGUCCGCAUGUUCUUGAACAUAUGGUAUCCACUGAGGGGACGGAGACGCCACUAUACGCUCUGAGAAUGGAGCAACAGUGUUUGCUAGCCAAACUCGUGUCUCAGUUUUCAUUGGGAGAAGACGGUCUUCUGCUUCUUCUCUUUAAGCUGCUUCAAGGUGAUUCAUCUGUUGAACUUGAGGGUGUCGCCAUAGAAGUACUUCAACGAGCCUCCUGCAAUAGUGAUGUUAUUCUUAACAAUCUUUUCACUCUUCUUUUUCAACGUUGUUCAGAUCCAGUCAGCCUCACUCCCGUCCUCCAAAUGGUCUCUGCAGUCCUCUUUGUAACAAAAUCGCUUCAAAAUAGUGACGAGAACAAUUUGCUUCCAUUUUUGGCACACAUUCUGCAACACCGAAUAAAUGACAUUUUUAACGUGGCAGAGCGUUUGAUAGGGGAGUUGCCCAGAGAGGAGGCCAAAUCCUGCUUACUAGAUCUGCUUUCGUCGAUACGUUUGGUUUCUUCAAGUCUUUCGGAAGUGCAUCAGGUGGAAAUCUUCACCUCCCUCGUGGAAUUUGGAAAGACGCGUCAGCCUUCCAAUUCGUACGCUGCCGUUCUCUUUGAUUGCGAGAUCAUUUCAGCUCUUCGCCCGAAGCUGCCAGACAUACUGCUGAAGGAAAUUGUCGAUUUGUUAUUCAAUUUUUUCACUGUUUUCAUUUCUAACCAUCAUUCUACCAAUUCCUCUCUGCGAAGUAUUGUCUUUAACGAAUUGUGCGUCUGUUCUGCCACAUUGAUAAACAAAUUUCCUGGCAGUGGUGUGGCGGAGAUUCUUGCGAAAGUCCUUAACUUGCUGUUGGCGCAUAUGGACGAGGGAGGGCGCGGUGCCUCCUUUGUCCCGACCUCGCGUUUCGUGGUACUCACUUUGCGAGGUCUCCUCGUCUCGCAGCUCAGUGCCACUGCUACAGCCCGAAAACGCCUAUUGGAGCAUCUCCUUGACAUCCUCUUAUCCACUAACGUACCCUGUCCGACGCAGGGCCUUCAACGCGCCUGCCUCCUCUGUUCCCUCCACCUCCUCUUACCCCUCCGCGAGGCUGCGGACGUUGAUAUCGGGCUAGAGACCGAGGUUGAGCUGGAGCCGCUGUGUCUGGACGAGGAGAUCACUCACUGUCUGGUGAAUCCGUUAGCCGUACAGAAGUGCUUCUGUCUUGUCGGUCUGCGCCUACGUACCGCUUGGCAGCUACUGAGGGAAGUCGCUGGUCCAUCCUCUGAGCAGGCCUCCUUAGAAGAGGCCUUCCUUCAUGGCUAUCUACGAUUGGCUUCACUCCUCCCCGACAAUAUCGUUGAUGACUACGCCUCAAAUGCCUUGGAAGCGGCUGUGCUGGGCGUGAUAGGUGAUGCUCGACAUGCGAUGGGACAGCAGACGCAGGCACUGGGCCUUUUCGUCAUCGCUCGACUGGCAGCUCAUCGCCCUGCUCCCUCCAUCCUUUCUUCCUCCUCGUUUUCCCUCCCCUCCUCCCCCGACGCCACCGACGAUUUCCUCGAAAAGCUCCUCUGCCUACGAGUCACCUGUGCUUCUGCCGAUUCCUCGUUGCGGACUGCUUCGAGUCUGCGCUUCAACUUGGCGCGUUGCCUGCGCUUCUUGGUGGAUCUUCCACCUGCGGUGACGGCUCGCCAUCGUGGCGCCAUUCGGCGUCUGUUGGAGGACCUGCUUGACGACGAUUGCCAAUCUGUGCGGCUGGAGGCUGCUCGUGCACACAACGAUUGGUGUCUCAAAGUCUGA